AUGCUAGUCGUGACUGGCUGUCAAGUCAAUAUGAAGAUGACUGCCGUCAACAGCAGCUCCGUUCAAAUCCCCGGUGCCUUGAUCUUGCGAAUAUCCGGAUCUGCCCUAUUCAACAUAAAGCAUCAGACCCGCCAAAUUUUCUACUUUACCUUCUCAACCGAUAAACUCUUCGUUUCCAAGCAAAUCUGUGACGCUCACGGUAUAACCUCCCCCACAAGUGGAGAAAAUGUGCUCCCCAACACCGGUUUUCUUCAUGCUGCAGCUGAUGCCAUCUCAUGCCACUCUGUCGGUGACCCCACACCACCAGAUGACAUUACAAUAAUGGUAGACGCAACAGAGCCACUUAACCACAACUUUCUGCUCCAGUUUUUCCUCAAAGAUAUCCGCAUGGCCCAACAGGAUGACACUCAGGUAUGCAGUCCGUCAGCCACUACCGAAGUGAUCCAACCCAUCACAUUGGGUAUGGUCCGUGUGGCUACAUCCAUUAACCCCAACAGACUCAUGGAAAUGAUCGAAGAAGGUAUUCCAGAGAACUGCAACAAGCCACGGCAGUUCUUCCAGUUCUGCGACGGAUUCCUCAUCCUCUAUCACGAUCGUAUUGUCCCCACCAUUUCUCUGCUCAACCAGAUUCUCCAAGAGUUGCAUUUAGCCUACCAAGGCAUCAAACAAAUGUGCCCCAGGGUAGAGGACUCCUUCUUUUGGUUAGGCUGUUCAAGCAACCGAAUGGCACAUUCGCAAUCAAAUGCGACCCACCCUGCCCCUCCAAAUGUUCCCGGCAUACACAUUCCAGAGCCACGUAGCGGAUUAUUUCCAGUACCAUGGCCACAACUACUUCAUGGCAGUAUACAGGAAGCUCACCAGGUUAUCGACGUCAAGUGUCCAUAUCAAGCGCUGAUACACAUAACUCAAAUUAGCCACCAGGUGGCUCCCCUAUUUUCUUUCUUGUUUCGUCUGUAA